UCCUCUUCUGUGCAGCUGAUGGAAGAUUCCUUCCAGUCUCACUACUGUCGUCGCCAGGUGUUCUUCUGAGACUCCUAAUCCUAUUCAUGUUUACCAAGGAGUUUCCAAUGAAGCUGGAAAUCGCACCAGCAGCGGGGAUUCGGUGCUGUAAGCCCACGACUUCCUGCCCCGCUGCCUAAAAAGAACACAGGGACAUAGGAAUCUUCUUUGGAGUGAGUCAGACUAUUGGUCCAUCGAGGCUGUAUAAUAUUGGAAUGGAAGAAGAUUCUGACAGGCCGGUGACGCUCCACUUUUGCACAUACAUGAAUGAUCAUAUUGGCUUCUGCGGCAGCAUAAAAACAUUCCCAAGUGACUUUGUAGUGACAGAAAUUAAUACAUUUGGGCAGUUAGUUAAUGAGACUUCCACAGAUUCUCUUCAUAAAUCUUGUGAGAACCUGUCAGAACAAACUGAGGUCUGUCAGCAGGAUUCCAAAAGGCUGAGACUGAGUCCUUCAGAACUGUGUACAGAUGAAAAAUGCACUACAGUUCAAGAAGAUGGUUUUCACUAUGACUUAGGAUGCAUGCCUUCCUCUGCUGGAGACAGUGAAGACUAUAAAGCUGAUAGUGAACCUGAAUGCCACUUUGACAAAGCUGUUACACUGGAUUCCUUAUUGGCUAAGCCUAUAAGAGAGCGACUCAGCCAGUUUGCUUGCCAGGUAAAAGACAUGUGGGAUUCUAAAUCUGAACAAGUACUGCCUCCGGAUGAAUUCUUUCUUGGUCCAGUUCAUGACAAGAAGGUUCGAGCCAGCUUGCAUAGUGCCAUCAGACAGGAAUACCCUUUCUUGGUCACUGUUACAAAAUGUGGCGAGAUUAUUGUAAAGGCAAACCAGGACUACCAAGAACUCUGCCAUUUGGUGUCUGAAGAGGAAGCAUGUGCUUUUCUACGGUUUUUAGAUGCCAAACUAAAACAGUCAAAGUUUGCUUUUAGACCUGAUGGAGAUAAGGAACACCGUACAAUGGUUCACCAUUUUAUAAGUAAAAAAUUUGGGAAGCUUGUGGAAACCAAGUCUUUUCCUGACUCUCAGCAAAAAGUUGUCAUUAUGGUACGGUUUCGUGAGAAAAGUGGCUCAAAGAAAAGGGCAGCUGCUGACAGUGGGAUGAAACAAGAAAUUUACACAGCUUUUACUCUCCGGAAAGAUAACCUGGAAACGCUUGAAGCAAUUAGUUACUUGUCUUCUGAACUUGGUGUGCUUCCUUCAGACUUCAGUUACACAGGCAUUAAAGACAAGAAGGCCAUUACAUACCAAGCAAUGGUUGUGAAGAAGGUGACUCCUAAAAGAAUGGAAGAACUAGGAAGCACAACUGGGAAAAAAGGAGUUGGCGUAUCUAAUGUACACUCCGUGAGCCAGCCACUUAGGCUUGGUCAACUGCAAGGAAAUCACUUUCAUGUAAUUGUGAGAGAUUUAAAACUCCAGAGCAACGACUGUUCUGCAAGCCUAAAAGAGAGAAUAUGUGAAGCAAUUGAGAAUGUUAAGAAAAAUGGUUUUAUAAAUUACUAUGGACCUCAGCGAUUUGGACAAGGGCAGAAUAUUCGGACGGAUCAAAUUGGAUUGGCUUUGCUGAAUGAAGAGCUGGUUAAAGCAGUAAAAUUGUUUUUCACACCAGAAGAUUCAGAUGGUCCUGUGAAUAAAGCAAAGAAAUACUUUCUUCAGACCGAGGAUGCAAAAGGUACCCUUGCGAUGCUACCUGACUUUAAAGUCAGAGAGAAGAUGUUACUGCGUGCAUUGAACCGGUAUGGUGUAAAUCAAGAGGGAUGUACACGUGGAUGGCUCAGCAUCCCUCACUCCAUGCGUAUUUUCUACGUUCAUGCAUAUUGUAGUAAAAUUUGGAAUGAAGCUGCUUCCUACCGGAUUAAGAUCUACGGUACAAGAGUUGUGACUGGCGAUUUAAUCUUUUCUGGAAAAUGUACUGAUAGUUGUUCGUUGAAUGACAAGGUCCAUGUGGUAACAGCUGAAGAAGAAAUGGCCAAUGAAUAUGCAAUAAAUCAAGUUAUUCUCCCAAUGGCUGGAUACAACAUCCGAUAUCCCACUAAUAAAGUCGGGGAGUGGUAUCACAAAAGACUUGCCAGCGAUGGGCUACAGAUGUGCCAGUUCAGGCUUCCUGCAUUACAGCUGAAUGUGCCUGGCUGCUACAGACAUCUCCUGAAAUAUCCACACAGUCUGUCAUACAGUUUUUUAAAAGGCAAUGAAGAAGGUUUAGGACCUAGAGAUAAUCCCCAAAAGGAUUCAGAAGCAUUCCUUUCUAUGUCAUUUCGGCUUGAUCCUUCAUGUUAUGCAACUGUUUGUUUGGGAGAAAUCAUGAAGUAUGAUCUUUAAAAAAAACAUUUUAUAGAAAUAUGGUGUGUGCAAGAAAUGCUUUGGGAUUUAUUUUAUUAAUAUUUUGUUAAUAUAAUACAAAGUUGCCUUUGGAUUAGGAAAGGUAAUCAGGGUUUUGCAUAAUCCAUGUGGAAACCUGGAAGUCAUGGGAUUAAGAGACUCGGGUUGCACUCCAUUAUGCACUUCUGUUGGAGCAACUCCCACUGAAAUCAAAAGAACUUGCUUCUGAGUAGACAUGUAUAGGCUUGCCUGUAAAAAAAUAUCUGACAUUUACAUCAGAACCAAGCUAAUAAGAACAAAGUUACUAAACAAUCUUGCUAUAUAUAAAAAAAAAAAGAUUUCAAGUAAGCAUUCUUUGAGACUUCAUUGGGGAGAGGGAGAAUUCAUACUUCAGAAAUGAAGCAAGGUGACCAUGACUAAAUGAACACUUUUCCAGAUUUCUGCAAUUUUGCCAACAGGAUCUUCUUCUGUAUGCUAUAAGUUCCACUGAACUCAGCGGGGCUUACUUUUAAUUAGAUAUGUAUACAAUUGCACUGUCAAUCAUCCCCAUUUUAGCUGACUAAAACUGC